AUGAUGGCUGUGGAAGUUCGUCCGGCGAGUGCCGGCCCGGAGACACGCCGGUCACCGGCCGCCGACCGUAGAGCGCUCAGCGCCGAUAACGAGCCUCGCACCUUGGCUGCUAGGAAGGCUUAUCCUGAGGAACCAGCUUCUCCGAAACCAGAACCAGAGGAAGACGAUGCCCCAUUAGACUUGACUGUACGCAAAGAGAUUUCUGUUUGCGAAUUCGCGCGUCGCUCGUUCGCGGACCCUUCAGACUAUGUGAGGACUCAGAUGAUCCUGAGGCAGUCGCAGGACUACCUGGCGUCCGGCAGAGACUCUGGCACGGAAUCGGAUGACUCCACCGGACGCCUCAGCCCUGGCGAUGAUGCUAUCUCAGGGAAAGCAUACAAGAAGUCGCUCAUGAAGAGAUACAUGGACGGCGAGCCGGCCGGCCUGCCGCUCAGCACCCGCAGCUCGCUCAGCCGGGCCCUGCUGCUGCUGGCCCCGGGCCCCACCGCCAGGCAUCACCUCUACACAGCCCCUAACACAGGUUCCCUCCCCCCCUCGCCGGCAGAUAGCGGCGUGUCUGACGUGGAGUCGUCCUCGUCGGGCGCCGGCUCCGCCGAAGAGCUGAAAGCCCGCCUGCAGCCGCCCCCUCCCGCGCCCUUCCACGCGCCAUUCCUGCCCUUCUACCAGCACCACCAGAUCGCCAACACGCUGCAACACCACGCCACCGCACACCCCAGACCACCAGUGGGUGGCGUGAACGAGCGUGACGCGUACGGCUACGGGUACGGUGGCGGGGGCGGCGGCGCGCACCACUUCGCCGCUCCGGCGCCGCCGCCGCUCCCGCACGACGAGCUCCCCUACUCGGUGUUCGACUUCGGCGACUACCAGCGGCAUCACCACCACAACAAGCUCAAGCCCAAGAAGAGGCCGCGCACUGACGCGCCUCCCACGCCCGGCGUAAAGCGCAAGAGUCGCGAGGGCUCAACCACGUACCUCUGGGAGUUCCUGCUCAAGCUGCUGCAGGACAGGGAGUACUGCCCGCGCUUCAUCAAGUGGACGAACCGCGAAAAGGGCGUGUUCAAGCUGGUGGACUCGAAGGCGGUGUCGAGGCUGUGGGGGCUGCACAAGAAUAAGCCUGACAUGAAUUACGAGACGAUGGGCCGCGCGCUGCGCUACUACUACCAGCGCGGCAUCCUGGCCAAGGUAGAUGGGCAGCGGCUCGUGUACCAGUUCGUGGACGUGCCCAAGGACAUCGUCGAGAUCGACUGCUCGCUGGCGUAG